UUUGCGACGCGGUCUGCUUAGUGCCAGUCGCUCGCGUGAGGCGGCGCCGCUGCUAUGUCGGUCGUUUUCGUGCCGGAGCGAGCCCGGGGCAAAGCAGAGGUGAACCAGGAGACGCUGCGAAGGUUGCUAGAAGAAAAUGACCAGCUGAUCCGAUGUAUUGUGGAAUACCAGAAUAAAGGAAGAGCUGCAGAAUGCGUGCAGCAUCAACACACACUGCACAGAAACCUGAUUUAUUUGGCUACGAUUGCUGAUGCAUCUCCCUCUCCGAAUGCAGAGAAGACUAUUGUAGAUUAGCACAUCUAUGCCUCUUUGAAGGGAGUGGGGAGUCUGCCUGGAAGUGCCUCCGAUGGAAAACCAGCUAGAUUGUGCUCAAGAGAGCACGUUUCGGCUUCCUCUUUACAAGAAAAAAAAAAGGACUGAGAGAUAACCACGUAGUGGAGUAUGCAGUGACUUGUUGCUACUUUGGGAGGACACCGUUUCCCUUGCAUUCUGCAUGGCAUUAACAGACUGCUGUUUGUUAACAAAACACUUCCCUUAUUCUUUACAUUUUAAUUGUGCUUCAUUAUUACCAGUAGAGGGCAGUUCUAACCUUUGAUUGCGAGUAUUCCUUCCCCUAAUAAAAAGCCAUCGUGAUCCUAACACAAGCAUACAACUGAAAGCAGGGAGUGCUGGUAGCAAUAGCAAGUAAAUAAAACACUGCUUUAUGUUG